AUGCAAGCAGCCGGUCCCCACUGGAAACUUCAGUUGAUAGAGUUGGAGGAGCUGCGGCGAGAUGCAUAUGAUAGUGUUUGCCUUUAUAAGGACUGGACUAAGGCUUUUCAUGACAAACAUAUCUUGCCCAAGACAUUUUUAUUGGACCAGAAAGUAUGGCUCUUCAAUUCCAAACUCCAGCUUUUCCCUGGGAAGCUUCGCUCCAGGUGGGAUGGCCCCUUCAUAGUCACCUCGGUGUCGCCCCAUGGUGCCGCCGAAUUGAGGGACCCAAUGGAUGGCACUCUGUUCAAGGUCAACGGUCAAAGGUUGAAGCCCUGCAUCUAG